UUAACCGACCCUAUGAUGAGGAAACGGACUCGUUUUCAAGUCGGUUAGCCCCCAACUCUAUGUCCAUAAAUCACACACUCUACUGUAAAUCCAGAAAGAAGAUUCCCCUGAUUGAUUUUUGAGCUGAAAAAAGAAAGAAAAAUUGUCUCUCUAAUUCUAGAGAGAGAUAGAGAUUGCAUUCGAUAUUGAACUCAAAUCAGGGUUUUAGAUUUGAAACAUUCGAAUUCAAUAAUGGACCCAGAAAUAGCUAAAACGCAAGAAGAGCGUAGAAAAAUGGAACAAGAACUUGCUUCACUGACAUCACUUACAUUUGAUAAAGAUCUUUAUGGAGGAACAGACCGUGAUUCUUAUGUUACAUCAAUUCCUGUGAAUGAUGAUGAUGAUUUAGAUAUAGGUGAUAAUGAAGUUGCGCGAAAACUUGCGUCUUAUACUGCCCCGAAAUCUCUUCUUAAAGAGAUGCCUCGCGGUGGGGAUGACGAUAAUGAUAGUGGGUUUAAAAAGCCGUCGAGGAUUAUUGAUAGAGAGGAUGAUUAUAGGAGGAGGAGAUUGAAUAGAGGGCUUUCGCCUGAUAGACAUGAUGCUUUUGCUGCUGGGGAGAAGACUCCUGAUCCUUCAGUUAGGUCCUAUGCAGAAGUUAUGAAAGAGGAAGCGUUGAAGAGGGAGAAAGAGGAGACUUUGAGGCUAAUUGCGAAGAAGAAGAAAGAGGAAGAGGAGGCGGCGAAAGAAGGUAAAGUGAGUAAUGGUGUUGCGGGAGUGAAGGAGAAGGAGGUGAAGGAGAGUGGUGCUGUUGUAUCAAAGAGAAGGAAUAGGUGGGAUCAGUCACAGGAUGAAGGGGGUGCUGCUAAGAAGGUUAAGAGUGGUUCAGAUUGGGAUUUACCUGAUGCUACUCCUGGUAUUGGAAGAUGGGAUGCCACUCCUACUCCUGGGAGAGUAGCGGAUGCAACUCCGUCUGUUGGGAGGAGGAAUAGAUGGGAUGAAACACCUACUCCUGGGAGGGUAGUGGAUUCUGAUGCUACUCCUGCUGGUGGUGUUACACCUGGUGCUACGCCUGCUGGUGUUACUUGGGAUGCUACUCCAAAAGGAUUGGUUACUCCAACCCCAAAAAGACAAAGGUCACGCUGGGAUGAGACUCCAGCUACUAUGGGAAGUGCUACACCUAUGGCUGGGGCUACUCCAGCAGCUGCUUAUACUCCUGGAGUUACGCCUGUUGGUGGGAUUGAUUUGGCCACGCCAACUCCUAACUCAAUUAAUUUGCGGGGUGCUAUGACCCCGGAGCAGUAUAAUCUUUUAAGAUGGGAGAAGGAUAUCGAGGAGAGGAAUAGGCCUUUGACUGAUGAGGAGCUUGAUGCUAUGUUUCCACAGGAAGGAUAUAAGAUUUUGGAGCCACCAGCAUCUUAUGUGCCAAUCAGAACACCAGCAAGGAAGUUACUUGCAACUCCAACACCAAUGGGGACUCCACUUUAUUCUAUUCCCGAGGAUAAUAGGGGGCAGCAGUUUGACGUGCCGAGGGAGGCCCCUGGUGGUUUGCCGCCUAUGAAGCCUGAGGAUUAUCAAUACUUUGGAGCUUUGUUGAAUGAAGAUGAGGAGGAGGAGCUUUCACCUGAUGAGCAGAAAGAGAGAAAGAUUAUGAAGCUGUUGCUGAAGGUUAAGAAUGGGACGCCGCCUCAGAGGAAGACUGCUUUGAGACAGUUGACUGAUAAAGCAAGAGAGUUUGGUGCUGGGCCAUUGUUUAAUCGAAUUCUACCUCUGCUUAUGCAGCCUACUUUAGAAGAUCAAGAGAGGCAUCUUUUAGUAAAGGUAAUCGAUAGGGUUCUGUAUAAGUUAGAUGAGUUGGUCAGGCCUUUUGUUCACAAGAUUCUUGUUGUGAUUGAACCAUUGUUGAUUGAUGAGGACUAUUAUGCUCGUGUUGAGGGGAGAGAGAUUAUUUCUAAUUUGAGUAAAGCAGCUGGUUUGGCUACUAUGAUUGCUGCUAUGCGUCCUGAUAUUGAUAACAUUGAUGAGUAUGUUAGGAACACAACUGCUAGAGCUUUUAGUGUUGUUGCUUCAGCCUUGGGGAUUCCGGCACUAUUGCCUUUCUUGAAAGCUGUGUGUCAGAGUAAGAAAUCAUGGCAAGCUCGACACACUGGAAUCAAAAUUGUGCAACAGAUUGCUAUUUUGAUUGGUUGUGCUGUUUUACCCCAUUUGAGGUCUCUUGUUGAGAUCAUAGAACAUGGUCUCAAUGAUGAGAAUCAAAAAGUGAGGACGAUUACUGCUUUGUCCUUGGCUGCACUUGCUGAGGCUGCUGCACCAUAUGGUAUUGAAAGCUUUGACUCUGUUUUGAAGCCACUGUGGAAGGGUAUUAGGUCACACCGUGGCAAGGUCUUGGCUGCUUUCUUGAAGGCAAUUGGUUUUAUCAUUCCUCUCAUGGAUGCUAUAUAUGCCAGUUAUUACACCAAGGAAGUUAUGUUUAUCUUAAUUCGUGAGUUUCAAUCUCCUGAUGAAGAAAUGAAGAAAAUUGUACUUAAAGUGGUCAAGCAGUGUGUAAGUACUGAGGGUGUAGAAGCUGAUUAUAUUCGUAGUGAUAUUCUUCCUGAGUUCUUUAGGAAUUUUUGGGUUAGAAGGAUGGCAUUAGAUAGGAGAAAUUACAGGCAACUUGUGGAUACAACUGUGGAAAUUGCUAACAAGGUUGGUGUUAAAGAUAUUGUAGGGAGAAUUGUUGAGGAUCUUAAAGAUGAGAGUGAGCCAUAUAGGCGUAUGGUUAUGGAGACCAUUGAGAAAGUGGUUGCAAACUUGGGUGCAUCUGAUAUCGAUGCUAGGUUGGAAGAGCUUUUGAUUGAUGGCAUUCUUUAUGCCUUCCAGGAGCAGACUAGUGAUGAUGCCAAUGUGAUGCUUAAUGGGUUUGGUGCAGUUGUGAAUGCUCUUGGACAGCGGGUGAAACCUUAUCUUCCACAGAUUUGUGGUACCAUUAAGUGGCGUCUGAACAACAAAAGUGCCAAGGUGAGACAACAAGCAGCAGAUCUUAUUUCUAGGAUUGCUGUUGUCAUGAAACAGUGUCAAGAGGAACAGCUGAUGGGGCAUCUUGGUGUUGUUUUAUACGAGUAUUUGGGAGAAGAAUACCCUGAAGUUCUUGGGUCAAUUCUAGGAGCACUCAAGGCUAUUGUCAAUGUUAUUGGUAUGACUAAAAUGACUCCUCCUAUCAAAGAUUUGCUUCCUAGGUUGACACCUAUUUUGAAGAAUAGGCAUGAAAAAGUCCAGGAAAAUUGUAUUGACCUUGUUGGUCGUAUUGCUGAUCGUGGGGCUGAGUUUGUUCCGGCUAGGGAGUGGAUGAGGAUUUGUUUUGAGCUCCUGGAGAUGCUUAAGGCCCACAAGAAGGGUAUUCGACGAGCUACUGUAAACACUUUUGGUUACAUUGCUAAAGCGAUUGGGCCUCAGGAUGUCUUGGCAACAUUGCUAAACAAUCUGAAGGUCCAGGAGCGCCAGAAUCGUGUUUGCACAACUGUUGCAAUUGCUAUUGUUGCAGAAACCUGUUCACCUUUUACAGUUCUGCCAGCCUUGAUGAAUGAGUAUCGUGUUCCAGAACUCAAUGUGCAGAAUGGUGUCUUAAAAUCACUCUCAUUUCUGUUCGAGUACAUUGGUGAAAUGGGUAAAGACUAUAUUUAUGCGGUAACACCAUUACUCGAGGAUGCACUCAUGGACAGAGAUCUAGUCCAUAGGCAGACUGCAGCUUCUGCUGUCAAGCACAUGGCUUUAGGGGUUGCUGGAUUAGGUUGUGAGGAUGCUCUAAUCCAUUUGCUCAACUAUGUCUGGCCGAACAUCUUUGAGACUUCCCCUCAUGUUAUCAACGCUGUAAUGGAAGCAAUCGAAGGAAUGAGGGUGGCCUUGGGUGCUGCUGUUGUGUUAAACUACUGUCUUCAGGGUUUGUUCCAUCCUGCCCGAAAGGUCAGGGAAGUGUACUGGAAGAUCUAUAACUCACUGUAUAUUGGAGCCCAAGAUGCUCUUGUGGCAGCAUAUCCUGUGCUGGAGGACGAACUGAAUAAUGAGCAGAACAACGUGUAUAGCAGGCCUGAGUUGAUGAUGUUCAUCUAAGGAGCUAGUUUCUUUAUUCGACCCAGGACCACGAAGGCAGACUCUUUGCUAUCAGUAUUGGGGAAGCCUCUAAAUGAUGAAGUGGACCAUUUUGAUCUUUGAAAGAAAAAUUUGGGGACUUUUUGCUAUUAGUAUUGGGAAAACCUCUCUAGAUAUUGAAAUGAACCAUUUUGAUCUUUGUUUGAAACUCGAAUGAAAUUAUAUUUUUAUA